AUAGGGGUGCCCUGUGGGGCACAUGACUAUGUCCUAGCUUUUGCAGUGAUGUUAAAGGUGCUCCCGGUGAAGCUGGGUGUUCCUUCACCGAGUGUUCAAAAAAGAGUAUGGCAGCCACUCGCUCAACCCUCACAGGACGGCAUUGCCUAGGUUCCCUUGUCCUGUGGCGAGGAUUCUCCAAGCCGUCUCACCACAUGGGCCGGCUCAGAAACGCCAGGAUCCACGUGGAGAGAGCUGUCAAGCAGAAGAAGAUCUUUAUGAUCCAAGGUCGCUACCCAGUGAUACGGUGCCUCUUGCGCCGGAGAGGCUGGGUGGAGAAGAAGAUGGUCCAUCACUCGGGCACCACCCUGCCACCACCCCAGAAGGAUCUGGAUAGCUCAGUAAUGGGUGAUAGUGACACUACAGAAGAUGAGGACGAAGAUGAGGACGAGGCAUUUCAGCUACCGCAGCUGUUUGACUUUGAUGAUUUACUGGAAUUUGAUGACCUGGAUGGGACACAUGCUCUGAUGUCCCGCAUGGUUCGGAAUGAGAUCCCCUAUUUCAUCUGGACCACUCGGCGGGAUGUGUUGGAUUGUCGCUUUCUCUCCAAGGAUCAAAUGAUAAACCACUAUGCCCGGGCUGGCUCCUUUACUACAAAGGUGGGUCUAUGUCUCAAUCUCCGGAAUUUGCCAUGGUUUGAUGAGGCUGAUGCUGACUCCUUCUUUCCACGCUGCUACCGUCUGGGGGCUGAGGAUGACAAAAAGGCCUUCAUAGAGGACUUCUGGCUGACAGCUGCCCGCAGCGUUCUCAAGCUGGUGGUAAAGUCCGAAUGGAAGUCAUACUCCAUCCAGUCAGAAGAGGAAGAGGUCCCAGGAGACAAGCAGCCCAGGAAACAGGAGAAGAAGCCAGUAACGGUGUCGCCAGAGUUUGUGGAUGAAGCUCUGUGCGCCUGUGAGGAGCACCUUAGCAGCCUGGCUCACGUGGACAUCGACAAGGACCUGGGGGCGCCACUGUGCCUCAGCCCUGAGGGCUGGUCCCUCUUUCUUCAGCGCUACUACCAGGUGAUCCAUGAGGGGGCGGAACUCAGGCACCUCGACACUCAGGUCCAGCGCUGUGAGGACAUCCUGGAGCAGCUGCGGGCUGUAGUGCCCCAGAUGGACAUGGAAGGAGAUCGCAACAUCUGGAUCGUGAAGCCGGGAGCCAAGUCCCGAGGACGAGGCAUCAUGUGUAUGGACCACCUGGAGGAGAUGCUAAAGCUAGUAGAUGGCAACCCCAUGGUGAUGAAAGACGGCAAGUGGGUGGUACAGAAGUAUAUUGAGCGGCCUCUGCUUAUCUUUGGCACCAAAUUUGACCUGAGACAGUGGUUCCUGGUGACUGACUGGAACCCGCUUACCGUGUGGUUCUACCGUGACAGCUACAUCCGCUUCUCCACACAACCCUUCUCCCUGAAGAACCUUGACAACUCAGUACACCUGUGCAACAACUCCAUUCAGAAGCACUUGGAGAAUUCAUGCCACCGGCACCCACUGCUGCCCUCAGAUAACAUGUGGUCGAGCCAGAAGUUCCAGGCGCACCUGCAGGAGAUGGGGGCCCCGGAUGCCUGGUCCACUGUCAUCGUACCCGGCAUGAAGGCUGCCGUGAUCCAUGCCCUGCAGACCUCCCAGGACACUGUGCAGUGUCGGAAGGCCAGCUUUGAGCUCUACGGUGCUGACUUUGUGUUUGGUGAGGACUUCCAGCCCUGGCUGAUUGAGAUCAAUGCCAGCCCCACCAUGGCCCCCUCCACUGCUGUCACUGCCCGGCUCUGUGCAGGCGUGCAAGCCGACACCCUGCGUGUGGUCAUCGACCGGCGGCUAGACCGCAACUGUGACACGGGAGCCUUCGAACUCAUCUACAAACAGCCUGCCGUGGAGGUACCCCAAUAUGUGGGUAUCCGGCUCCUAGUAGAGGGCUCCACCAUCAAGAAGCCCCUGGCAAUGUGUCACCAGCGGAUGGGGGUCCACCCAGCACUCCCUCACCUGCUGACCCAACGAGGCUCUGGGGAAGGGAAGGACUCGAGGCCCUUUACCCACAGGUCAGCUACUAGAAAAGUUGCUGGGCCUAGGAGCCUGGAGCACACUGAGAAGCCAGACUCCACUGCUACCACCUCGACCCCCGGAAAGGGGAAGAAAGGCAAGGCAAAAAGUGCCACAGCCCUGGUCCACCCCAGUCUCCGGAAGUGGGAACCCCCCAGCACCAGGAUGGGCUGCAUUUUCACUAUGACCUUUGCUAGUGGGGACAGGCAGCCCCACCCCUUGAACAGAUUGCCACUGAGUCUGAAGAACCCCCAGACCCUGACCCCUCCCCACGUCCCCAGUCUCCACACCAAGGCCCGGCUGCCUUCUCCCCAUGUGCUCCGAUCCCAGGGGGGGGUCCUCAGACUGCAGCACAGCAAGCUGGUGGGCUCUAAGGCCCUGUCGACCACAGGCAAGGCCUUGAUGACUCUCCCUACUGCCAAGGUUUUGAUUUCCUUCCCAUCUAACCCUGAGCUCAAGUUGGCAUCCAGCGUCCUGAAACCAAGAAAGGUGGGCCUUGAGCUGUAACUUGCACCCUGGUGGGCAGUGCCUGAUCCUGGGCUCUGGGGUCAGGGUUGGAGGGCACAGGUCAGGGCAGGUCCUGGGCUGGCUGGAGCCCCAGGGGAAGGGUUUUUUCCCUCAGAACCCCCUUCCUGAACAGAUUUCCUGAUCAUAUCUCCCCCCUGCUCCCUCCCA